AUGUCGUCCAACGACCUGAGGGAGGAAGCUGUCUCUACAGAGAAGACCCAGCCCCUGAAGCACGUCCAGAGUCCUGGCGUGGUUGAAACAAUGGAGCGGGUGGAAGAGCCAAAGAAAACCCUGUGGGAGAAAGUGAAAACGCCCGGCUCGGUAUACCAGAUUCUUAUCUCUGCUGCCAUCGCCAUCGCGAUCGGUUUCGCUGUGAACACAACGGUGGACAAAGUGCCUGUUGCCGCUGUCGAUCUCUGCGGCAUACCUGGCCGAAUCUGGUUGCGCGCUCUCAAAGCUAUUGUCCUACCGUUGAUCGUGGUCUCUCUGAUCCUAGCCGUUCAGCGGCUGCGGGAGAUGUCGCGCGGUGGAGCACUUCUAGCUCGCUGGACCAUUGGAUACUACCUUUUUACCACGCUGGUCGCAAUCUUUCACAGCACAAUCCUCGUGGCAUUGGUCUGGAGCAAGCAGUUUUCCGAGGUCGACCCUGAUUCGCGCACUGUCGAUAAGGACUUGCAAAAAGACAUCGACUCACGUUCCGCCUACCAGGCGCAUGAUAUUGUCGUCGAGCUCUUCGACACCCUUGUGCCGGACAACAUUGUCGCCGCGUUUGCAAACGACAUCCUCCUUGGUGUUCUCGUGGCGUCCAUUAUUCUUGGCUAUAUGAUUAAGGACCCUGCCACCUC